AUGGUGCCGGCAGCUGGAGUCACGUAUGCGGAUGUGCACGCUCUAUGGAAGGGCUGUUUGCUCAUGUAUGGCAUGCAAGGCCUGGGUGAGCGUACCAACUUUCAACACGAGAACUUGCGGGAAACCCUGAUGAAGCUCACUGUCAUUUGGGCUGACAAUACUCAAAACCUACGAGUUGUGCAGGAAGUUGUCCAAGUCCUGACAAUCAUACUGAGUAUGACUUUCAAGUGCUCCAUGGAUGGUGAGCAGGACAUCGACUCCAAAGCCUUCCAACUGAGCGCCUGGGUCGAAGUCGGUGAAUCUCAACCUGAGCAACCUCUACUACCGCCGGCGCCGAUGAGGACGAAGCUUCUGAAAGUUGUCAAAGACCGGCAGAUCAAAAGCAUUGUGGAAAAUGAAAUCCAGUUGGCUCUACAGUGUUGCGAAGACUUGGUUGGGCAAGCUAGGGUGGUGGCGCCGGAACUCAUGAAAAAGUUUGUGGCAGUGAGUGCUUUGAUGGAUGAUGCCCAAAGGGCGACAAAAACACCUGAGGCGCCUGAGCUGAAAACACCUGAUGCAAAAUUGCCUUUCUCAAGUCCUAAAAGAGACUUGGUAGACCCUGAGAGUGCACCGGCAGCUGCAAAAGAACCCAAUGCCACUCAAUUGGAUGAGGAGGCAGAAGAGGAAACCAAAGAACAUGAUCCAGUUGUGAGAGUUGACCCACGUGAAGCAAAAGAGAAAGCAGCUGUGAAAGGUAAGAAUGGCAAGAAGGUUGAUUCCCGGUUCGUCGGGAUGGCUCCGGACAAGGUUUGGUCCACCGAGACGGACCACGCGUAUCCGGAGCCCGGCUACAACCUGUUCACUGUCCGAGAUUUGCUCUUGCUUUGUGAUCCCACUCCCGUGCGUUUCGAGGAGAUCUCCAAGCUGGGGGCAGCCAUUGAGGUCCAGUUCGUGUGGAACUGCCACAUCAACAACGACAAGUGCAAACCUGAGGUCAAGGUGAGACGUUUGGACACUCUCUUCGAUGAAGCCCAGUUUGGAUACUUCUUCAACGAUGCAGAGUAUAUCUCGGAGGAUGAGCGGUUUCUGAAGAAGGUGAACGGUGUACGCAUUUUCCUCCGUACCGUUGGUGUGGGCCAUCGGCUUUCGGUCAUCAAGCUGGUGAUGAAGGCCUCCACAGCCGGGACGUUGCUGACGGUCGCCCCUUUGAUCGCAGACCUGCUGAUGCUGCAGGCGCUGGCCUUGAGGAAGAGAUACUUUGCCCGAAAAUAUGAGGUCUCACCAGACUUCAGCGAGUACAUGGUACAGCUCAUGGCCAAGAAGGAAGAGGAGAACCGGCUCCCAGGGAUGCUGGCAGAGGACGAUGCUGCUGCUCUUGAACGUGAUCAAGACUGGCAUCGCAGACUCGAAGAACACGACUGA